ACUCCAAACUCAUGGAGGCAAUUUCUCCAUUUCCUACAUGUAUAUGACUGCCAGACUGAGACAGUCACAACCAAGUCUUCCGAAUACGCCAAAAAUACACCAGAUUAAGGCAAUUUCUCCAGACUGAGACGUCUAUUAUUGCUUUGAAUGCAUUGACUCAUUCAUUCUCAAAUACACCACAAAAAACUAUAAAGAAAAUAAAUUGUUACAAUUGCAGCUAUCAAAAUAAUUGAUCAUGAGAAAAACCUCUUUCCCAGCGUCUCAUUUUUCUUGGAAGUUGCCCAUCGAUAGAGAUGAAGGACUUCAAAGUCAAGCCUGGUACAGAUAUUAUGGACGCAUUUUCCAAUUCCAUGACCUAUUAAAAUCCACCACCAGUCCACAACCAUUACCAGUUCUCAAUUAUCACUUUCCCACACUACAUUUGUGCCUGCGUCUAGACCUUUGCUUAAAACAUGCCAACUCUGUUCCUCCAUUUCUUCCUUUUCUUAUUCACUAACCUCAUCCCCGCAGUUCACAGCAACUGUAUUGAAGCCGAGAAACAAUCAUUGCUCCGUUUCAAGAAAAGUCUUGAAUUUAAUUCUUCCAAAUCCACCAAGCUUAUCACAUGGAAUUCGAGUACUGACCGCUGUUCUUGGCUCGGUGUAACUUGCAGCACCAAUGGGUGUGUUGUCGGACUUGACCUCAGCCGGGAGUUUGUCUCAUCCAGCAUUGACAAUUCCAGCAGUCUUUUCCAACUUCAACACAUUCAGAGCCUCAAUUUAGCCUAUAACAACUUCUAUGGCUCUUCAAUUCCAUCUGCAAUUGGAAAGCUUGCAAAUUUGAGGUAUUUGAAUUUUUAAGGGCAGCUAAUUUUUCUGGGCAAAUUCCCAUUGAGGUUGCAUGCUUGAAAAGGUUGAAGGUUCUUGAUGUCUCUGACAAUGACAUUUCCGAGGAUGGGGGGUUAAAAUUUGAGAAGCCGCAAACUCCCAUUGAGGUUGCAUGCUUGAAAAGGGUGAAGGUUAUUGAUCUCUCUGACAAUGACAUUUCCGAGGAUGGGGAGGAGCCGAAUUUAGGCACUUUAAUCCAGAACCCUACAGAGAUUACAGAGUUAAAUCUUGAUGGUCUAGACCUAUCAGCUGAGGAAUCUGACUGGUACCAAACCAUAUCAUCUUCACUUCGAGAGCUGAGGGUGUUUAUUUGGACCUUGGUCCUAAUUUUAGUAUGUUUAAGAGCCUUAAUCCUUUGUUUUGUCCAGAAGUAAGUUGAAUUGAUUGUGCUGUCAAUCUUAUCUGCCAGCCUGGGUCUUAUGUACUGAGUCGGUUCUCCCUUCCCUUCCGCUUUGCUACUACUUAUCUGUACUGGCCUCUGUUGCCAUUCUACUUAAUCAAAUGAAAUAUAAAGCUUUUCCAAUUUCUUUCAAUUUUUCUUCUAUUCUCUGUAUGUUUCCAGUUCUAGGUACUUAAUAUCUGGUAUCAGAGCCUUGCGCUCAUGCCAAAGCCGAAAGGCGGUGGUGGUCCGUCCUCCGGUAACGGCGACGGAGUUGGAUUAUCUCGCUCAGCAAUCGCUGUGUGGAGGAGAUUCGUGCUGCUCAAGAGUCACUUGGUGCUCAAAAUGAUGAAAUCCAGGGUAGAAACUCUGAGAUGCAGGAUCGGUUGCUUCAUCAUCAGCUUCGGCUUGCUUCUUUACGACCGGAGACCGAUCCAAAUUCACCGAACAAUCUUCGUUUUGGCUCUCUACCUAUCUCUGAAGCAGGUACCCAAGGAUUUCUUUCCUCAGAACCUCUUCCAAUAGCUGGCGUGGGAGCAUUAAGCACUAUGUCUGAAGGGGCUCCUACUGGGUUGAGAGCAGCGAUACGAUCGAUAAUGUCAAAGCCAAGAUCCAGAUUUCCUAUUCCCAUCUUUUUCAAUCCAACAAAUUGGUAUCAGAGCGGGUUCGUUCAUAUUGGGCAUUCCCUAUAUCAACCUGCCAAGAUGUCUCCUAAAGAAACCACUCCAGUUUCAUAUUCUUUUCUUCCCAUCUUUGGUGGACAAAACUAUGAUUUCUGGAAAGUGAAGAUGACAAAACUCUGCUUUGGUCUGAAGGGCUUUGGAAGAUCGUUGAGAAGGGCUUCACUGAACCAGAAGAUGAGAAUCAACUUUCAGCUGCACAAAGAGAAAAAUAUGAAGCAGAUGCAAUGACAGAUGCCAAAGCUCUCUCAAAAAUUCAAAAUGCAGUCACCAACGAAAUCUUUCCAAGAAUAACAAGAGCCAACACAGCAAAGGAAGCUUGAGAGAUUUUGGAGAGGGAGUUUCAAGGUGAUAGCAAGGCAAGGACCAUCAAGCUUCAGUCUUUACGCAGGGAGUUUCACAAUCUGAGGAUGAAAGAAUCUAAAUGCAUCCAAGAUUACUCUUCUAGAGUAACUGAAGUUGUCAAUCAAAUGAGAACCCUUGGUGAAGACAUGUCAGACCAGAAGGUAGUGGAGAAGAUCUUGAUCAGCUUACAGAGUUGUAUCUUGAUUCAGUAGAGAUAUCAGGACAGGGGAGUGACUGGUGCGAAGCCAUAUCAUCUUCACUGCCAAAUCUGAGGGUGUUGAGCUUGUCUUUUAGUGGUCUUUCAGGCCCCAUAUGUGACUCCCUUGCAAAGCUUCAAUCUCUGUAUGAGAUUGACUUGGGAAAUAACUCGUUCUAUGCUCCGGUUCCAAGAUCCUUUGCCAAUUUUUCAAACUUGACUUCCUUGAGUCUCUUUUAGGGCUGUCAAUUCCGACACGACCCGAUAACACGACUCGAAACCCGCACGAAAUAAAGCGGGUUGAACCCGCACGAUUAAAAAGCGGGUCAGCCGUGGGUCAACCCGCCAUGACC